AUAAAAUAAAUGUGAUAUGCCCUACAUGCAUACAUGGAGAAAGACAGAAAAGCGUGAGAGGAUGGAUUGGGACGGGACGCACCCAGAUCUCAGCUGAUUUGGAUGGGUUGGAGCUCUUUCUACUACGUCUCCAUGCAAUCAUUUGCUCGCUGCCGGGAUCUCCGUCUUCUUCCCACGAGCUCGAUCAGGUGCUAGCUAGCUAGAAGCAGUAUGUAUCAGCUGGAGAACAUGGACGACUCCAGCUUGUUCAUGCAGUGGGCCGUGGACACGCUGCAGCACGACCACCCGCCGCCGGUCGCCGCCGGCGACCAUGGCUGUACCUUCCCGUCACUCCAAGAGCUCCGCCGCUCGUCAUUGCAGCACGGCACGGCCCCGGCGGGAAUGGCGGUACAAGAUGGCCACCGUCACCAAGCCGCCGAUAGCUGGAGCUCCGGCGAAAGCGCCGGCGGCGGCCAUGAAAACACGUCUGCCUCGCCCACGGUCGUGGAGAACGACGUCUGGUCGUCCAACUCGGCCAAGUGCGCAACGACCUGCAGCGUCGGCAGCAGCAACAACCACCUGCCCAUGAGCUGGAACUUCACCUCGGCCCUGGCGCAGCCGAGCAACGAGGCCGCCGCUCCUCCCUCUGGAGCGCACGACGGCCCCGGCAUGACGGAGCAGGCCCACGUGUCGCCGCCGUCGAGGAGAGCCGCCGCCAGGACCGGGCACGCGCCGUACGCGCAGGACCACAUCAUGGCGGAGCGGAAGCGCCGGGAGAAGAUCAACCGGCGGUUCAUCGAGCUCUCCACCGUCAUCCCCGGCCUCAAGAAGAUGGACAAGGCGACGAUCCUGUCGGACGCCGUCAAGUACGUCAGGGAGCAGCAGGAGAAGCUCAAGGCGCUCGAGGACCGCAGCCGCAGGAGCGUCGGCGUCGAGUCGGUGGUGCUCGUCAAGAAGAAGCCGUGCACCGCCGUGCCGGAAGACGACUGCCCCUCACCAUCUGCAGGGGCGGUAGCUGGAAGCACGACGACGAUGACGACGACGACCGGGAGCGGGCUGCCGGAGAUCGAGGCGAGGAUCUCGGAGAGCAACGUGAUGGUGAGGGUCCAUUGCGAGGACGGCAAGGGGGUGCUUGUCAGGUUGCUCGCCCAGGUGGAGGGGCUACACCUGAGCAUCACGCACGCCAAUGCCGUCCCGUUCCCGGCUUGCACUCUCAUCAUAACCGUCAUGGCAAAGGUGGACGACGGCUUCAGCGUCACGGCGGAGGACAUUGUUGCCAAGAUAGAGGCGGUGUUGGCUGCACCCACGGUCAUAGCAGGGCCGGGAUAACGAUGCAUGCUCCGGCAGAGAUCAAAGUUCAAGGAGGCAAAUUUUAUGCAGAGAUAGAUAGAUAAACUGCAUCGGCAUGCAAGUAGUUCUCGUCAUGCGCGCAUGAUUCAACGAGUGCAUCGGGCCUUAAAAUAAAAUUACAGCUUUCGAGACAAAACUACACUCUCGUUCUCGAAAAAAAAUAAGGCUUAAGAAUAUAUUUUUUAAACUAUGUUAACUUACGUUUUUAUAUUGUGGGACGGAAGGAGUAAAUUUUUUUUGGAUGCA